GCACGUACGUCGUCGAUAAAGCAAAACCACGCCAGUCAUCACAUUACCGUGAUCCCCGCUCGAUCCAGGUCGUGACUGCCAUUUGAUUCAACCAACACCACACUCUACCACCAAGCACCAUGUCUUACAACAAGCCUGAGAAGGACUUUGGCGAGGGCCCCAAGAUCCACAAGAUCCGCAUCACCCUCACCUCCCGCAACGUCAAGUCGCUCGAGAAGGUCUGCCAGGAGCUCAUCGACCGUGCCAAGAACAAGGAGCUCCGCGUCAAGGGCCCUGUCCGUCUCCCCACCAAGGUCCUCAAGGUCACCACCCGUAAGACCCCUAACGGUGAGGGUUCCAAGACCUGGGACACCUUCGAGAUGCGCAUCCACAAGCGCCUCAUCGACCUCCACGCCCCUACCGAGGUUGUCAAGCAGAUCAUCAUCAACAUCGAGGCCGGUGUUGAGGUUGAGGUCACCAUCGCCGCAUAAGCGCUUAGUUGGGACAUGGGAAGAAGUGGAAUGGUCUGAACAAAAACGUGGUUAUGGUAGCUUAACUGCUGGUUAUGAAAUGAAAUGAUUCAGGAUCAACA